AUGGCCCCAAAGCAGUCAUUGCAGAAGAUGGCCUGGCUCUGGGCGGAGACCAUUAUGCCUGAGGAUGUGUCACAGGAGCACAUUGAAGCUGCCUAUCGUAUUUCGUUGGAAUCCUGUAUCCGGGGUAUUUGCAAUCGAAACUGCAAAGGAAAUCCAAAUUGCUUGGUGGGAAUUGGUGAGAAAAUUUGGUUGGGAGAAAUAGAUGAAAAAUAUUUCUAUGAAUCUGAUGAUGCUAACUCUUGUAGGAGAAAAGAGAAUUCAUUUGUAGGUCUGACUAACCUGGGAGCGACUUGUUAUGUCAAUACUUUCCUUCAGGUGUGGUUUCUCAAUUUAGAAUUUCGACAGGCAGUUUAUUUAUGUUCGCACGACUACAUGGUGGACAAUAGAAUUCAAGAUGGGAAAGAGUAUGAGCCCCGAACAAUUUGUGAGCAUCUCCAAUACUUAUUUGCCUUGAUGCAACACAGUAAUAAACGACACAUUAAUCCAUCAGGAUUCGUGAAAGCUCUACGCCUGAACACAGCGCAACAACAGGAUGCCCAAGAAUUUUCGAAGCUUUUCAUGUCCCUUUUGGAAGAUACUCUGGCUAAAGAAAUGAAUCCAUAUGGACGGAACAUUGUCCAACAACAGUUCUGUGGAGAAUAUGCUUAUGUAACCAUUUGUAACAAAUGUGGCAGAGGGUCUGAACGUUCGGCAAAGUUUUACGAGCUUGAGUUAAAUAUUCAAGGCCACAAGCUGUUAACAGACUGUAUUUCAGACUUUUUGAAGAAAGAAAAAUUAGAAGGAGAAAAUCGCUAUUUUUGUGAAUGCUGUCAAAGUAAACAAAAUGCAACAAGGCAGAUUCGGCUCCUUAGCCUUCCUAGCACUCUGAAUUUACAGCUAAUGUGCUUUGUCUUUGAUCGAAAAACUGGACAGAAGAUAAAACUGAAAACUCAAGUUGGCUUCCCAGAAAUUCUGGAUAUGGAACCUUAUAUGGAAGUUAAAGGGGGGUCCUAUGUAUAUGAACUCAGUGCUAUACUUAUACACAAAGGAGUUAGUGCUUAUUCUGGCCACUAUAUUGCACAGGUAAAAGAUCCUCGGUCUGGUGACUGGUAUAAGUUUAAUGAUGAAGACAUAGAAAAGGUGGAUAGUAAUAAGCUAAAACUAGUACCUGAAGAUGGUUUGUCAGUAUCUCCUAAGUUCCAUAAACGUAUGUAUAAAAAAGAAAAUUUCUGCUGUCGAAAUGCGUAUAUGUUGGUUUAUCAACGGAAAACUCAAGAAAAGUCCAUGACCACUGUUCCUUUACCGGCUUUUCUUAAAGAGUGUGUAGACCGAGAUAAUGCCAUGUUUAAAGAAUGGUGUUUAGAAAUGGCUGAGCAGCGUAAACAAAAUUUAUAUAAGAGAAAAGAAAAGCAUGAAGAGGUUAUGGAGCUAUACCCAAAGUUACCUGCUGGAGUUAAGAAUGAACCCUAUGAAUUUGUCUCUCUUGAAUGGCUGCAAGAGUGGUUGCAUGAAACCAAACUUACAACGCCUAUUAAUAAUCAGACUUACCUGUGUCCCCAUAACAAGCUUAAUCCUGACAAAGUGUCAAUCAUGAAGAGAAUAUCCAUUCAUGCAGCUGACUUUUUCUACAGUAGAUAUGGAGGAGGACCAAGACUAACUGCAGAAUCUCUCUGUAAGGAAUGUGUAGUUGAUCGUUGUCACAAAAUACACCAGAAGAGACAACUAAUUCUAGAUCACAAAGCUCUUAAUAAUAUGAUCAAAGAAAAAGUACAUGACAGUCAAGGUUUUUGGGUGGGAACACUUUCCUUGCAGCAUUGGCGCCAACUAGCUCUUGAACAGAUAAAUGCGCGAAAUGGAAAAGUGACCAAUCAGAUCUCAAGACAUGAAAAACCAAAGGGAAAAAUAAAGCAAAGAGAAAAACUAAAAUUUAAUGAAGACAUUCUUUGUGUACAUGGAGACUUACUAAGAAAUGAAAAUCAAAGAAGGCUUGUUUCUCAAGAGAUUUGGCGCAAACUGAAAUACUAUUUUCCAAAGGCUCCUGAGUUUCCAAGUGACAAAGAAAAGUGUUCACAAUGCAAGGCUUUAGAAACAGACGGAGGAAAACUUGCCAAUGGAGUGGUUGCAAGUGAGCAAAAGUCUUUAUUUCUGAAUUUGUUCCAGGACAAGAACAGACCAUAUCUCAGUUACGGGCCAGAGGGUACAGAUGCCAUCUAUAUUGUGCCACAGAAGUUUGUUGAUAAUUGGAAGAAUUUUAUUAGGAAUCCUACAAGUUGUAGUCCUGUGACAUCAAUUGGAAAUAGUGCUCUCCUGUGUUCCCAUGGGGGACUCUUGCAUAAAUUUGAUUCCACGGUGAAAGAAGAUGCUAAACAUGUAGCCCUCAUAUGGCCUAAUGAGUGGGAAAUUAUGAAGAAGAUCUUCAUUGUUGAUCAAGUAAUUAAAAUAAUAAAAACUGCAGCUGGAAAAGAAAAUCCUCUAGAAACACAAUAUGUCUCUGAUCCUAAAGUCUGCAAGGAAUGCAGCGAAAGCUUAAUAUAUCAACAGCAGAGGGACUUGUUUGAAUACACUAAAGUCACCAUUUAUGUCCUUAAAGUUACAGAGGACAAAAAUAGUUCGGUACUAAAGAAUAAUGGGCAUGGUUUUAAAACAGAAGAUGAGGAAGAAGAUAUUCAAGAUGAUGAAGCAAAGGAUCCAGACUACAAGAAUGGGAAUGUAAGAAAUAAGCGUCAAAGGCUAUGUAAGAAACAUGAUACAAAUAAGCCAAAGCAAGUUCGACGAAGUACACGGCGCAAGAAUAUUCAGGCUGAGAAAAGAUUCCUUGUUUCUGCUAAUGAUACAUUAAAAGAUUUAAAAAUUCAGAUUAUGCAUGCUUUUUCAAUUGCUGCCUCUGAUCUGAAUCUGUCAUAUGAAGGAAGGGCUUUAAAUGAUGAUUGUGCCACCCUUGGCAUUCUAGGUAUAAUUCCUGAGUCUAUCAUUUUGUUAAAGACUGAUGAGCCAGAUGUAAAUUAUUUUCAACAGGGGAAUUCUUUGUCAUUGCACUCACGAGAAGAAGGAUUUAAAGAAGAAAUGCCCAGAACAAGUAGAAGGGCAUUUGGGACAGAGAAACAGAAGCAUGAUGUGAUUGUAACUAAGGACUUGCUGGAACCCAAAGGGUACGCUGGAGCUGAGAAGACCCUUCAGAGUGUUCCCAAUGGAGGAAAAGUUCCUUUUUCUAAUUCUAUACCAUCAGCCCAUUCUUGGCCAGUUCAUUGCUCCAGAAGAGGUGACAAUACCGCUGAUGACUGCCUUCAGUCUGCAGUUACUGCAAUCUCUAUCCCUAGAGGAAGUGCAAACUCACGGUGUUUGGAGACAUCACAGGGGCAGAAAGUAGAGGAGAUUCCAGAGAUAGAAACAACUAUGUGCUUCAAGAGCUGGAGGCCUUUUUCCUUCAGCCUUGUCCUUGUGUCUAGUGGCCCAGGCUACAUCUCACAUCUUAUGCACCACCAGAGUUCAGCGAGGCCCCCCUCAUCCAAGACUCUGAAAGUUAUGGGGCAGCUAGGAUCUGGCUUAAAGGCUUGUAGGGCUGGGUCUGCUAGAACCAGAAGAGGAGGGAAUUGCAUAAGCAUAGACCUAAAUCCCGAGCCUUCUCGGAGCCUAAGGCCUGAAGAAUCUGCAGGUUCUGCUGCAGGCUUCUACUGCAGCCUCCUGUGUGAAUGUGUGACUCCAGCAUCCAGCCAGCAGCACUGUUCAUUUUGGGAGAUGCUCUCCUUCAGGUCAACCACUAGGUGGUUUUUCUAG